CUCUGUGCAGCGUCGCAUGAAGUCGAACAAACCUAAACAACUACUGUCACAAUACCUGCAUCUCUUUACCUGUCGCCAUGUUACUCUUGGACAAAUGCAUUUCUACGAAGCAGAAAUCUUGACUAUCAAAAUAUAUAUUUGUACUGUUUAAAGGCGCUUACGUGUAGUUGGUGUUAACUUCGACUUUGAAUAUCUAAACAUUUUCAUUGAGAUUCAUUAGAUCCAUUCAGAGUUUGUGGAGGUGAUCAGAUUCAUCAGUGGCGAUCGGACUGAUGUGACUGCAUGAAUCAUGGAUGAUUCACAGACAUUCAGAGAUGGAGAUGAUUCUCCAGGAGUCAGAUCAGUCCAUCAGAAGGGAUUAGACUCACCUGAGAUCAGCUGUGUGUCCAUGAAGAGUGACACAUCUAUGAUUGGUCCAACAAAUUUUAAAGAUGAAGACACAUUGCCUGAUCAGAGAUCAGUCCAUCAAAAGAUAUUAGAAUUACCUGAGAUCAGCUGUGUGUCCAUGAAGAGUAACAAUUCAAUGAGAAAUCCAACAAAUUUUAAAGCUGGAGAUACAUCGCCUGAUCAGAGGUCAAUAAAGUUGUCUGGAUCAGACUCAACAGAUCAGAUAAGAGUGUCUGUGAGUGAUCCGACUAUAAAUGUUCAACGUUCCAAUAAAAGAGACUCUCACAGUUUCAGUUAUUGUUGUCAGUUUGCUGAAGUCCAAAGCACAUUCAGAUUAAAUCUGAGGAUGAAGUGUGAGUGUUUGUAUGAUGUAACAUCAAAUAAGAGAAACCCAACACCACUGAAUGAGAUCUACACAGAGCUUUACAUCACAGAGAGUGAAAGUGGAGAGAUCAGUAAUGAACACGAGUUGAGAGAUUUUGAGACACAGGCACCAGACACCAGAAAAACAACAAUAGAGGAGAUACCAAUCAAAUGUAAUGACAUCUUUAAACCUUUACCUGAACAAGACAAACACAUCAGAAGUGUGCUGACAAAGGGAGUCGCUGGCAUUGGAAAAACAGUCUCUGUACAGAAGUUCAUUUUGGACUGGGCUGAAGAGAAAGAGAAUCAGGACGUUCACCUCAUAUUUCCACUUCCUUUCAGAGAGAUCAAUUUGAUGGAAGAUAAACAACUCAGUCUUUCAGAUCUUCUUCAUCUUUUCUUCCCAGAAACAAAAGAAAUUGAAAUCUUCAGUGAUAAAUAUAAAGUGUUGUUCAUCUUUGAUGGUUUGGAUGAGUGUCGUCUGUCUCUGGAUUUUCACAGCAGUGUGAGGUUGUGUGAUGUAAGUGAAUCAACCUCAGUGGCCGUGAUGCUGACAAACCUCAUCAAGGGGAAUCUGUUUCCCUCUGCUCUCAUCUGGAUCACCUCCAGACCAGCAGCAGCUGAUCUCAUCCCCUCUGAGUGUGUUGAUCGAGUCACAGAGGUACGAGGCUUCAGUGAUCCACAGAAGGAGGAAUACUUCAGGAAGAGAAUCAGUGAUGAGAAUCUGUCUGAUCAAAUCAUCUCACACCUGAAGUCAUCCAGGAGUCUCUACAUCAUGUGUCACAUCCCAGUCUUCUGCUGGAUUUCAGUCACUGUUCUAGAGAGAAUAUUGAGUGAAGCAGAGAGAAGAGAGAUCCCCAAGACUCUCACUCAAAUGUACACUCACUUCCUGAACAUUCAGACACACAUCAAACAUCAGAAGCACUAUGAGAAGAAAGUGCAGGAUAAAGAUAUAAUUUUCAAAUUGGGUAAACUGGCUUUUGAGCAGCUUGUGAAAGGUAAUCUGAUCUUCUAUGAUGAAGACCUGAGAGAGUGUGGCAUUGAUGUAGCAGAAGCAUCAGUUUACUCAGGAUUGUGUACUCAGAUCUUCAGAGAGGAGUUUGGUUUGUACCUGAGGAAAGUUUACUGCUUUGUUCAUCGCAGCAUCCAGGAACAUCUAGCAGCUCUUUAUGCUCACAUCUGCUUCACAAACAACAACAUAAAUGUGUUUGAUCUAAACCCAGAACCUGAUCAGUUUAACAAAGUGUUGGACAUAAAGAAAGAUAAAUUACCAGAUCACAUUUUAUUAUCCAAGUUCCAUUAUAUAGCUGUAGAUGAAGCUUUAAAGAGUAAGAAUGGACAUCUGGAUCUUUUUCUGCGUUUUCUUCUGGGUCUUUCACUGAAGUCCAAUCAGAUUCUCUUACAGGAUCUACUGACACAGAUGGGAAGAUUCUCCUACAAGAAAGAGGAAACUGUUGAGUACAUUAAACAAAAGCUCAAUGAGAAUCUGUCUACAGAUAAAUCAGUCAAUCUGAUUCACUGUCUGAAUGAACUGUGUGAUGAUUCACUGGUGCAGGAGAUUCAAGAUUAUGUAAAAUCUAGUUCAGUAGGAAAGUUCAAACUCUCCUCUUCACAGUGGGCAGCUUUAGUUUUUGUGUUGUUGAUGUCUGAACAGCAUUUGGAUGAACUUAAUCUAAAUAAAUUUAUUGGAGAUGCAAAUAAAGCAGAUGAAGUUCUUGUGAGACUGGAGCCUGUGAUUAAAGAAUCCAAAAAAGUUCAAUUGUGUAAUUGUUCUAUCACAGAAAAAGGUAGUGCUGCUUUGUCUUCAGCUUUGAGAUCAAAUCCAUCACACCUGAGAGAUCUGAACCUGAGCUGGAAUGAUCUAAGAGAUUUAGGAGUAAAACUGAUCUCUCUUGGACUGGGGAAUCCUCACUGUAAACUGGAGCUACUAAAGUUGGAUCAUUGUUAUUUCACAGUUGAGGGUUGUGUUGCUCUGACUUCAGCUCUAACAUCAAAUCCAUCACACCUGAGACAUCUGGAUCUGUCUUAUACUAAUAUAAAAGAUUCAGGAGUAAAGCUUCUCUCUACUGUUCUGGAGGAUCCUAACUGUAAACUGAAGACACUUUGGUUGAUUUAUUGUGGUGUCACAUAUAAAGGUUGUGCUGAUCUGACUUUAGCUCUGAAAUCAAACCCAUCACACCUGACAGAACUGAAUCUGUCCUGGAAUAAUCUUGGAGAUUCAGGAGUGAAACUGAUCUCUGUUGGACUGGAGUGUCCUCAUUACAAACUGGAGAAACUGAAGUUGGAGCGCUGUUAUAUCACAGAUGAAGGUUGUGAAGCUCUUAGUUUAGCUUUGAUACCAAACCCCUCAUAUCUGAGACAUCUGAAUCUGUCUUAUAAUAAGCUUGGAGAUUCUGGAUUAAAGCGACUCUCUGCUCGACUGAAGAAUCCUGACUGUAAACUGAAGACACUUGACUUGAAGUUCUGUGAUUUCACAUCUGAAGGUUGUGCUGCUCUGACUUCAGCUCUGAGAUUAAACCCAUCACACCUGACAGAACUGAAUCUGUCACUGAAUAAUCUUGGAGAUUCAGGAGUGAAGCUGAUCUCUGAUGUACUGAAGAAUCCUGACUGUAUACUGAAAAAAAUGGACUUGAGUUAUUGUGGUAUCACAGCUGAAGGUUUUGCUGCUCUUGAUUCAGCUCAGAGAUCAAACCCAUCAUCACAACAGACAAUUCUGGACCUCUCUGGAAAUAAUAUGAAAUAUUGUUGAUCUAAAGUUGAUCCUUAUUAGACCAUUACUGCAGUAUCAAAAUUCUUUAUUUAAGUUAUAUAAGUUAUCAUAUUUUUAUUGUGUUUUAUUGUGUUACUUAGCUGUAUUUUGUUUGUUAUGAAGGCUUAAAUCAAAUCAAACCAACUGCAAGUUUGAUUGAAAACGAAAUUUUUGAAGAAAAAAAACUAAACUCUUCAUGUUUAUCACAUUAUUAUUAUUAACUUAAUAAUGUUUCAGAUCAUGAAUUUUUUUAUAUUAAUCAAAGAUAACACAAGUAAACACAACAUGCUGUUUUUAAAUGAAGGUUUUUAUUAUGAAGAGAAUUCAAACCCACAUGGCCCUGUGUGAAAAAAGUGCUUGUCCCCUAAAAGUGCAUUAGCUGCCUUUAUAAGGUCAUGCCACAGCAUCUCAAUAGGACUGAGGUCAGGAUUUUGACUAGGCCAUUUCAAAGUUUUUAUUUUGUUUUUCUUCAGCCAUUCAGAGGUGGAUUUGCUGGUGUGUUUUGGAUCAUUGUCCUGCUGCAGAACACAGAUUUGCUUUAGCUUGAGGUCAAGAACAGAUGGCCGGACAUUGACCUUUAGGAUGUUUUGGUAGACAGCAGAUUUCUUGGUUUAAUUUAUCACAACAAGUCUUCCAGGUCUUCGGCAGUGUAAGACAGGCACCAAAUGGCUGAAUCCAGAGAAAACUAUUUUAUCAAAGACAUUGCAUUCUGGCGAGAAACAACAUCUAAGAAGUUCUCACCAAGCUUGUAUCUACCUCAAAGACAACCACCCUCUGUGAGGACACAAAGCCUCACCAAGACUGAUCACAUCUGUCUCUCUUCUUGCAAUUCCUCUCUCCCUCCUCACAUACUGGUCUAGAGAUGCUCAAACCGACAAACGUAAACCUCUUUAAUCAAAGUGUACAAGUGUAUAGCCAUACAUAUUUAGUAUCAUUGCAAUGGUCUCAGUGUGUCUGGUAAAAAGGUCUUAUCCCUUUAAGUGUGGGGAAAUCCACCAUUAACAUAUAGAAAUUGGGUAAGAAACUAUAGGCAGCUGGAGAUAAACUCCACCCAGGUCUCUCUCACAAAUUGAUGUAUGUAAAUGAAAUGUACCCAAAUGUAAUAAAAUGACGCCAACAAAUAAACAAAUUAAUAACCAUUUGGUAAGACUGGGUAUUUAAGGAAAUGUGUUAGAGGAUUCUGGGAGUCUGUAAACAGAUCUCCCACACAAUCACUGUGUGUAGUUCUCAUUGCCAGGUAACAUUACCAAACUCUCUCAUUUUGUACCAUUAAGGUUUUUGUAUGAUGUAUUGUUUAAAUUAUUUCGUAUAAUUGAUAUUUCUAAUGAUUGAUUAAUGUGUGAUUUUUGAAUUAUUAUGUUGUUUACCUGGUUAAUAAAUUGUUACGUUUGCAUUUAUUGUAAUUUGCUUUGUAUUAUUGACUCUUCUAAGUUACUAUAAAGCAGGUGCGUUUACCAAAUCAGCUUUAUUUGCUUUCGAAAGC